AACAUCUUCAAACUUGUUUCUCUAUCUUCUCUGUUUCUGUUUCUGUUUCUGUUUCUUUCGUAUAGUAUAUUAGUAUUAGUAGUAGAACACGACCAGUUCUAAGUUAUGAUGAAUUAGAGUGGGAACACUAAACCAAAUAAUUCAUGAUCUGGUCUGGUCUCUGGUGUUUACCUUAUGAGAGAGAAUAUAAUAAUAAAAUAACAAAGUGGCUGCAAUAUUAGAUAUUAGAUAUAGUGGGAUUUGAUGACGCCGUCUUAAUUUCUCAUUGAGAUUUCAUACUGUAGCUGUCUUUGUAGCUGUAGCUGUAGCUGUAGCUUCACUACCAGAAUUGAGAAGAGGAAGCUGUAAUAUUAUUGCUCACUUGAUUAUUUUUGCUUGUCGUCGUCGUCGAUAUGAGAUUUUGUGGAAGUUGGAUUACUAUCUUUAUCUUCAUCUUCAUCUUCUGCUCCUUCGUCUUUCACGCAUCUGCACAAUUUACUCAUCCUUUUGAAGUCGCGGCAUUGCAGUCCGUGAAGAGCAAAUUGGUUGAUCCUAAGAAGCACCUCGAUAACUGGAAUAAGGACGAUCCGUGCACUUCUCACUGGAAUGGUGUUCUUUGUUUUCAUAAACUUGGUUCUGAUGGAUACUUCCAUGUUCGAGAGAUUCAACUGCUCAACAUGAAUCUCUCAGGAACUUUGGCACCUGAGGUUGGCAACUUUUCUCACCUUGAGAUACUAGAUCUCAUGUGGAAUCAAUUGACUGGUCACAUUCCAAAGGAGAUAGGGAAUCUGUCAUCUUUGAAGCUACUGCUUUUGAAUGGAAACCAAUUUUCAGGUCCUCUUCCUGAUGAACUUGGCUUUCUGGUGAAUCUGGACAGACUGCAACUGGAUGAGAAUAAUCUAUCUGGUACAGUACCCAAAUCCUUUGCCAACAUGAUCAAUGUUAAACACUUCCAUUUGAACAAUAACUCGUUAAGUGGGCAGCUUCCUCCUGAGUUUUCCCGAUUACCAAAACUUGUUCACUUGCUGUUGGAUAACAAUAACUUGUCUGGAGAACUUCCUUCUGAGUACUCAGCUUUAGCGUAUUUGGAGAUCAUCCAACUCGACAACAAUCAAUUUGUUGGUGCCGAGAUUCCGGAAUCAUAUCAAAAUCUGUCCAGAUUGAUAAAGUUAAGUCUAAGAAACUGUAGCUUGGUCGGAGCAUUGCCUGAUCUUAGCCAUAUUCCAUAUCUUGGCUUUAUAGACUUAAGUUGGAACAAUUUCACGGGACCAAUUCCUGCAAGCAAGCUUUCAGAUAACGUCACCACAAUUGAGUUUUCACAUAAUAAUCUGAGUGGAUCAAUUCCUGAAAGUUUUGCUCUUCUUCCAGCUCUACAAAUGUUGUCGAUCGAAAACAAUUUUAUAAAUGGCUCCAUCCCUGCUGGCAUUUGGCACAACAAGUCUUUCAACGCUAGUGCUAGACUUUUAGUUGAUGUUCGGUACAAUCUGCUUUCUGGCAUCUCUGGGGAUCUGAAUCCUCCACAGAAUGUAACCUUAAGGCUUCGGGGGAAUCCUGUAUGCAACCAAGCAGUUAUACAGAACAUACACCCUUUCUGUGAUUCUGAUACAGGUGGAAAUGGAACUUUUGAUGGCCCAUCAACCCCGAUACCUUGUCCUAUUACAGCAUGUCCUGUUGACCAGUAUUACGAACCUGUUCCUGAAGCUCCAACAUGCUUUUGCGCAGCUCCUAUCAGGAUAGGAUACAGACUCAAGAGUCCGAGUUUUACUUAUUUCCCUCCUUAUAGAGCUGCCUUUGUGUCUUACAUCACCCAUACCUUGAAAAUGGACCGAUAUCAGCUCUUCAUUGAUUCAUAUGCAUGGGAAGAAAGGCGUCUGCGGAUGUAUCUGAAACUCUUCCCAGAUGUUAGCAGUGACCAUUUUUUCAAUGAAAGUGAGGUUCGCAAGAUUAGACAUAUAUACACAACAUGGAACUUUUCUGGCAGUGAUAUAUUUGGGCCAUAUGAACUUCUGAACUUCACACUUCUGGGACCUUAUGGCUCUGUGAAUCAUGGCAUUGUGAAGAGUGGCAUAAGCAAGAGUGUUUUGGCUGGCAUUUUAGUAGGGGCGAUUAUUUCUGCUGUUAUUGCAUCUGUGCUCGCCACAGUUCUCAUUAUGAGAAAGAAAAACAGAAGUCGACAGUUGUCAAGAAAGAAUUUGUCCUCAAAGAUAUCCAUCAAAAUUGAUGGUGUCAAAGAGUUCACGUUCCGAGAAUUGACACAAGCCACCAGUAAUUUUAACUGCUCAGCUCAAGUUGGUCGAGGAGGAUAUGGAAAAGUUUACAGAGGCAGGUUGUCCAAUGGCACAGUUGUGGCUGUUAAGCGUGCAGAGGAAGGAUCACUGCAAGGAAAACGUGAAUUUCUGACAGAAAUACAACACUUAUCAAGGUUACAUCACCGCAACCUGGUAUCGUUGAUUGGAUAUUGUGGUGAAGAUGGUGAACAGAUGCUUGUGUAUGAGUUCAUGCCAAAUGGCACUUUAAGAGAAUGGCUUUCAGGUAAAUGUGAGAGGAACCUCAACUUUGUCAUGAGGUUGCGGAUAGCAUUAGGUGCAGCCAAGGGUAUUUCUUACCUGCAUACAGAAGCAAACCCGCCGAUAUUUCACCGGGACAUUAAAGCCAGCAAUAUACUUCUAGACACCAAUCUAACUGCAAAAGUUGCUGAUUUUGGACUGUCACAUCUUGCUCCUGUCAUGGAUGAUGAAGGCAGUGCACCUCAUCAUAUAUCCACUAUCGUGAAGGGAACACCUGGAUACCUUGACCCAGAAUACUUCUUGACCCAUCAGCUGACAGAUAAGAGCGAUGUGUAUAGCCUGGGAGUUGUAUUUCUGGAGCUUCUCACAGCUGUUCCACCAAUAUCACAUGGAAAAAACCUUGUCCGCGAGGUAAAUACAGCACAGAAGUCAGGGUCAUUAUUUGGGAUCAUAGACAGCAGAAUGGGAACCUAUCCAUCUGAAUGUGUAGAGAAAUUCAUAGCUCUGGCUGUGAGGUGUUGUCAGGAUAAACCAGAUAUGAGACCUUGCAUGUUGGAAGUGGUGAGGGAGCUCGAAAAUGUGCUGCAGUUGAUUCCAGAGAGUAUGACUAUGUCCGAUACCACAUCUCUGCAAUCUCGCAGUUCCUCCACCACUACGUCAUUGACCAAUGUCUCCAAGUUCGCACGCAUGCCAUCGGAUAUAUCAGGCAGUGAUUUAACCACUACAGUCAUGCCCACCAUUACGCCACGCUAGAACUUUAGUACAAAAUAGGACUUGGGUUGUUGCAUUAUUCUUCUCUCCCUCUCUCAUGUUCAUCUUUUAUAAAUUGAAUUAAUUUGUAAUCACGGGUGUCAUUCUUGCACCCAUUAGUUACGUAUAUAUUGUAAAUUCUAGCACCCCCUCAAAUUUUUGAAACUAAAUAAUAUUUGCUUCUAUA